GGGUCUGGUGAUUGCCAUGGUGGUCAGCUUGAUCUUCAUCGUCCUGCUGCGGUUCCUGGCGGGCAUCAUGGUCUGGGUCAUGAUCGUUUUGGUUAUCCUUGUCAUCGGCUACGGUAUUUUCCACUGCUACAUGGAGUACGCCGCCCUGAAAGGAGAACCUGGCGCUGAUGUCACCAUCAAAGAUCUGGGCCUGCAGACGGACUUCUCUGUGUACCUGCAGAUCAGACAGACCUGGCUGGCCUUCAGCUCCUCAUUGUGGGAAUUGUGGGAAUUUUCUCUUUCUUCUUCUUCUCCGGGAGAAUCAAAGCUGCGGAGAACGCUGCACCAGCUCUCAACUAUUACUGGGUACCAAGUCUGACGGUGGUAGUGGGCUCCUACCUGAUUGCCCACGGCUUCUUCAGCGUGUACGCCAUGUGCGUGGACACCCUGUUCCUGUGUUUCUGCGAGGACUUGGAAAGGAACGAUGGCUCAUCCGAGAGGCCUUACUUCAUGUCUCCCGAGCUGCACGAGAUCCUGUCCAAAUCAGCCAAAGUGGAGGACAUAUGCGACGGCGCCGAGGCGGCGGACGCUUCGAAACAGGAGGGUGAGGUGAGGUUGGAGGAGGAAACGCCUCUUCAGCAGAAGGACGGAGAGGUCCAGCUGAAACAGGAGACUGUGCUCAAGCAGGACAAUGAGGAGAAACAGCCACUACAGUCCAAGACGGAUGAGGAAGAGCCGAACGAGGAGAGGAACGAGGAGCAGAAAGUCAGUCAGGGAGACGAGACGGAGAAGAAGGAAGAGUCAGACAUGAACGAGGUGUCAGGGAAGCAGAAAACUGAAGAAAAAGUAGAGGAUGUAUCAGCUGCAGCCGGGGAGGCUGAGAAAGAGAAGACAGAGGAAAAGAAAGAAGAAAAACUAGAGUCUAAGGAUGAGGACGUCCCAUCCGCACCACAGGAGUAGAUGCUGGAAAACGAGUGAGGCCUGGUGAACCUCACGAAGCGUUUAAAGAAUGAAAGAUGUGUACUUACAGCUUUGUGAUAUGGACCUAUUAAAUGUCAAGCAUCAAGCUUAAAUUUCA